GGGAGCGACCAGAGAGUUCUGUACCCUCCUCAUCGACCAAAUACAGAACUUCUUUAUAUCUGAAGGUCCUGAGGGCAACACAACCCUGGCCCUGAACAGUGUUGCAUUGCAGAAAGGACAGUACAGGCUGGUGGGGAAGAUGAUUGCCCUCUGCCUGGUGCAGGGGCAGGUCUCUCCGAGAUUCCUAUCACAGCGCCUCUACAGACAGGUUUGUAAGCUGUCCCCUCUUCCUGCCACUUUGGAAGAGGUGACAGAUUACAAUUUGAGGACCAAGCUCCAAAAGAUUGCAGAUGCCACACAUGUGGAAGGUGCCAGGGAGGCUAUGGAGGAGGCCACAGACGAGCUCUCCCUCAUGGGCUCCUUCUCCUUUGUGCGGAGCCUCCCGCAUAGGGAUGAGCUGCUGGGGGCAGCCCUCAACUUCCUCACAGAGGGCCGUAUUUUGACUGCUCUCAAUCAAUUCAAAGAAGGGUUGGAGACCUUCGGGAUUCUAGCUCUUUUGAGGAUCCACCAUGAGGAGCUCAAGGGGGUCUUCAUGGACACACCUGAGCCGCUGCUGGCCUCCCGGUUGGAGUCCACAUUCAUGACGUCCUACCUGUCUGAGCCGGGCUCCAAUCGGAGGAGGAAGGAGGCCAGGACCCUUAUAUAUUGGAGGGACUGGCUGAUCGAGGUGGAGGAUGGAGAUACGAGUCUCACCCUGGGGGCGGUUCUGGCGUUUGCCACGGGCCUCAAAAGGAUUCCUGCUGUGGGUUUUCCCAUCGGACCCCAGCUUGAAUUCCUCCAUGAGGAAGAUGGACCGGCCCUUUUCCCCACGGCCAAUACCUGUUCCCUGGUCCUCAGGCUACCGGUGUAUCCGGAGUACAAUCGAUUUAAGGAGGCCAUGGAGGAAGGAAUAACCUCCUGUGGGAGUACCUUUGGCGUGGCCUAA